GACUUCAUGGUCACGGCUGGUGACUUCCUGACCUACGAAGAAGGCGGCCCCAACAUGCAAGAGAUCGCCACCUACGUGAGCGACUUCGCCAAACAUGAUGAAGCUAUGCAGCUGCGAAUGCAUUACUCCUAUGGGCUAAUCUUCGACUAUGAGAACACCUUCGACACCUCAACGAACGAGACCUUCAGCAAUCGUACGAAAGGGUCCAAG